AUGGCGUCUUCGCUAGAAAAACAUAUGCCCAAAGACACUCAAAUUAUUGUGUCGAUUAUGAAAGAUUUAGGUAUUGUUGAAUUUGAACCACAAGAUACCUACACAACACUACUGUUGGACGAUGCUAAGACAUUUUCAACCUUUGCGAAAAAGAAGAAUGUUGAUGCCGACGAUGUGAAAAUAGCAAUACAAUUGCCACAAGACGGAAUAUUUUGUCGACCUCCUCCACGCGAUAUGUUAAUGACAGCAAGGCGUGAAGUAAACAAAAUCCCAUUACCUCCAGUAAGGCCUGCUAGUGGACUGCGAGUUCCUCAGGAUCAUUCAACUUUCUUACAAACAAACUACAGGCUUAGGAAUGAUUUGUAUUCUGGAGGAAAUAUGCGUAAGGACACUAAAACAACAACUGCAGAAAUGUUGGAGGCGUCUAGAAAAUUACAAUCCGAAGAUAAUCCUUUCUAUUUAAUUUUAUUUAGGAAGAAAUUAUAUGGACAUUUAUUGUAUCUGUCUUACAUGCAAAUGUUACACUUAGCAGAUCACGUUUAGCUCCGUUUAUUUAAAUAUUAGAGUGUAUUUACCUCUUAUAAAAUUUGUUAGAUUUUAUCUAGGACAC